AUGAGAACAACACUUCCUGUUGCCCAAUUCAGCCGUGGCGACUUCUCUCUGUGGUCAGUCCUGAAGAACUGCGUGGGCAAGGAGCUGUCCAAGAUCACCAUGCCGGUCGUGUUCAACGAGCCACUGUCCUUCCUACAGCGCAUGCUGGAGUACCUGGAAUAUGCGCAUUUGCUGCGCAUGGCUUCUGAACAGACGGACCCGGUGGCUCGCAUGGAAUACAUCGCAGCUUUUGCAGUGAGCGCCCUAGCAUCCAACUGGGAGCGCCUGGGCAAACCCUUCAACCCACUCCUCGGAGAAACCUACGAACUCGAGCGUCCAGAAUUCAGGGCUGUUUGCGAGCAGGUAUCCCACCACCCCCCAGUCUCCGCGUUCCACGCCGACAGCCCCCACUUCGUGUUCCACGGCUCCGUGCACCCCAAGCUCAAGUUCUGCGGCAAGAGCGUCGAGAUCCAGCCCAAAGGGCACGUCACUGUCGAGCUGCCCAGAUGGGGCGAAGCCUACACCUGGACAAACGUGAACUGCUGUGUCCACAACGUGAUUGUAGGCAAGCUGUGGAUCGAGCAGUAUGGCGCCAUGGAAGUAACGUGUCAUGGCGGCGCGGGGCUGAAGGCAAACCUGGCGUUCAAGCCUGCCGGGUUUAACAACAGGGACCUGCAUCGGGUGGACGGCUUCAUUACUGAUCAGAACAAAAAGAAAAUCCGCUUCCUCUACGGCAAAUGGACGGAGUUCAUCAAGGUUUGCAGCGCGGCCGCGCACGAGCAGUGGGCACGCGAGCAGGAGGCCAGCGCCACUCCGGCGCAUACGCCGAAGAAGGUGCUGGCUAAGCUCAACAGCUUCAAAGUGGGGGCGCUGCGGUCGAUGUCCAUACAAGAUCCCGAAGAUCCAGACAAUUCUGACGAAGUUCCAAAGUCAGAUGAUACGUAUAAUAUCGACAUUCCUGGAUCUACUACCCUCUGGGAAGCGAGGAGCCGACCUACUAACAGUGCACAGUAUUACCAGUUCACCGAGUUCGCCAUGUCGCUAAACGAGGUGGAGCGUGACAUGAAAGGCCAGCUCUGCCCCACGGAUAGUCGCCUUCGACCAGACGUCAGGCUCCUAGAGCAGGGAGACAUUGAUGCUGCAGCUGCUGAGAAGACUCGGCUUGAAGAAAAGCAGAGAACAGCUAGGAAAGCACUGAAGAAGUCACCCGAUGGCUGGCAACCGAGGUGGUUCAGCCAAGGCACAAACCCCUACACGAAACAGGAGGACUGGCUCUACAACGGUGGUUACUGGGACCGCAAUUACCAACACCUUAAGGACAUCGACAUAUUCUAAAAACUUACAUACUAACCCCCUUAUCCAUAAACGUUCACCAAAGUUAUCAAACCAAUAUAGUGCGUUUGGCGUUUUUUAUCACACCAGUACGUCGGAAAAGGACAGACGAACUUAUCGGCUUGAUAACUGUAGUGAACGUUUAUUGAAUAAGGCGAUUAAUCUUCUACUGUGCAUUUUGGUGUAUCACCGAUGAGUAACUAUAGUAUUUCUAAGCGCUUAAAGUGCA